GGACUUGGAAACUUCGAAAAUCCUCGACAUGCAACUUGUUAAGGUAAAGUUACUUCUACCGGAAUAUAUUUAGCUGUCAUAAGUAAUAAGAAUGUUGAAUUAAAACAUGAUCAUAUUCAUAGUUUGUCAUUACAAAGGAAAUAGGUUAGAAAGUUAAUUAUCUAUUGCAUGAAAAUGACAGCAAUUUUAUGUAGGCGAUAUAUAUGAGCUUAUUCAAUGACAAUAGUUUUCAAUUUGCUUUCAAUACACAUUUUUUUGUCUCUGAAUUUCAGGUUACAGAAGUUAAAAACUCUUACUGGAUGGAGUUGGAAGGCCUCAAAAGGUGUUUUGCAAAGAUACUCAGCAGUGGAGUCUCCAUCAAAACAUUUGUGACAGACCGACACACCCAGAUAAAGAAAUUUAUGAGGGAUGACCAGCAGGAGAUCACGCACUAUUUUGACAUUUGGCAUGUUGGCAAAGCUAUAAUGAAAAAACUGGAUAAGCUUGCAAAGAAGAAGUGUAAUCGCCAGUUGACAAGUUGGGUCCGCUCUGUAGUCAAUCAUUUGUAUUGGGCUGCAGCUUCAAGUGGUGGAAGAGCUGAGGAGUGCAGGGAGAAGUGGUUGUCUGUGGUGAACCAUGUCGCAAAUGUCCACACAGGCCAUGGUGAUAUUUUUAAGGAGUGUGCCCAUGGACCUCUCGAUGACAGGGACUGGAUUAAAAAAGGUUCCAGGUUGCACAAGGAAUUCAAGGAGAUUGUUGCCUCCAAUGGUCUCAUUACCGAUAUUGGUAGACUUUCGCCUGUGGCCCAAACAUACAGCUUGGAGUCCUACCACAAAGUUGUUAUAUAUUUUGCACCGAAGUCUGUUCAUUUUACAUAUCCAGCCAUGAAAGGAAGAAUUCUCCUUUCUGUGCUGCACUUUAAUGAGAAUUGCAAAAGGAAGCAGGCAGUCACCAAAAGUGGCGAGGAACAAUGGACGGUGUCAUACAUGAAGUAUGGAAAUGGUAAUGCAAUUACAAAAGAAGUAAAGACCCCAAUCACAUAUGGUAUUGUCCAAGAUUGUUUGGUGGAAGUGAUGAAGAUGCGCGAGGAAUUCCCUACAAUGGAGGAGGCAGCAGCCAAUAUGGAAAAAAUUAACAGCAAUCUCCCACCCAAUGUUUGUGAUGGUUUUGAGAAAAAGGAGAAGGCAGUUGUUGUCGCUGCACGCAAGAGCAGAUUCCAAAAGGGUGCUGAACUUGCCAAAAGUUGGGCGCCAGAAAGAAAAGGCAAACGUAUAAGGAAGCCAUCUCGACGAUUAAUGGAUCGAUAAUGAAUUAUGGACUUGCUGUAACAUACAUCCCACAUGCUUAAUCAUGGACACAUUUCAUUUAAAACUACUUCAAUGAAAGAAAUACAAUAAAUUCUUUCUU